UCUAUCACUAAAGUGCUGUUCGCAGCCGUCGUUAUAUUAGCCUUUGCUAUGAUUUGUUUGAAAGGUUUCAAUGGCCCGUACUUUAGAUAUUGGUUUCGUUUUGUACUUUUAUUUUCGUAUAUUAUACCCAUUAGUCUGAGGGUUAACCUCGAGAUGGGAAGAGUUGUCUACUCUUAUAUGAUUCAACGCGAUAUGGAAAUACCGGGAACACUGGUGCGCACCACUACUAUCCCCGAAGAUUUGGGUCGAAUCGCGUAUUUAUUGACUGAUAAGACGGGAACUCUGACCAGAAAUGAGAUGGUGUUCAAGAAAAUCCAUUUGGGAAAGAUAUCCUAUAGUCCCGAGUAUUUCGAUGAGUUGUCAGCCCUAUUGAGAGCCGCAUAUACGCCACAACCACCGCAGUCCAACAACUACCAGACCCAUAAGCGCGACAGUUCCACAGCCAGCACCGCCAGCUUUACGGCCCGCCAAUACCAGCCCAGACAUAUGAGAGUGGACUCGUACGAAGUGGACAGAGAUAGCGUCUACAGAGUCCAACAGGCAGUGCUUGUGAUCGCUUUGUGUCAUAACGUGACGCCGUCCUACGAGAACGGAUCCAAUCCCUACUCAGACAGCGUUGAACUCUCCAAACCCCCCAUAGAGUCAGACUCCGUGUCCAUACCACUUAUGCCCCGAGGAAUCACAUACCAGGCCUCCAGUCCCGAUGAGGUGGCACUCGUGCAGUGGACUGAG